AUGAGGACGCUCACUCUACUCAUGGUCUUCUUCCUAUUGGCCAUCCAGAUCCAGGCAGAACCUCUCCAGGCCCAGGCUGAUCCUCUCCCAGAAGCAGCUGAGGAGACUAAAACUGAUGAGCAGCCAGGGGUAGAGGACGAGGAUGUGUCCAUCUCCUUUGGGGAUCCAGAAGACUCUGCUCUUCAAGAUGGAGCCUCAAGAAAGUCCCCAUUUUGCGCCUGUAGAAGGCUAUGCAGACCACAUGAACGUGUCCGUGCAAAGUGCAAAGGCAAUAAACUACUCUGCUGCAGAUGAGACGAGAGACAAGAUCACCACGUGCUCUGAGACCUCAUGAUCUGUCAUUGCCCUUGUACUCAGCCCCAAUUGUUUUCUUCUCAAAUAAAAUUUCUUGCAUACAAACAA